AUGCGGCAGAAAGCCUAUUUUUACUCCAAGGACAGAAAGAUGUUUAAAGUUUGCCUGGAAAACAGAUUUGCAGGCACAAAACUGAUAAAAUCGCAACUCCAAGAUGCUAAUGUGGAUGUUUUUGAGCGCACUCUUCGAACAAAAUUAAAAGAUUUAGAUUUUACGACCUGCCGCCGCGCCAGAAAGUUAACAGCUGCAAUGAAAGCAAAGCAUCUAAAGUCUGCUUCAGCGCUGAAAGCACAUUUGAAAUUUAGCAGAAUAAAGCUCUGUUUGUGCGUCGUCGUCAUGGAGAAAAAUUUCAACCUGACUGUGCCGUUCAGACUGUUAAGCACCCUACAAAAGUGA